GGCAACAGUGAAUCCAGUCCGGGCAUGGUGAGUCCAGUCUGGUCAAAGGGAGAAUCCAGUCCGGGCAACAGUGAAUCCAGUCCGGGCAACAGUGAAUCCAGUCCGGGCAUGGUGAGUCCAGUCUGGUCAAAGGGAGAAUCCAGUCCGGGCAGAGUGAAAGUGAGUUCAGUCCGCCAACUUAAAACAGUGAGUCCAGUCCGGGCAUAGGAAGUCCAGUCCGGGCAUAGGAAGUCCAGCACAGGCAAAGUGAACCCAGUCUGGUCGAGAGUGAAGUUCUGCUUGACCCCACUUCACUCGGUCUGCAGAGUCGCGCUGUGGAGUGAUUGGUCUCCACCAGAGCCAGCAGCCUGCUUGAGGGCCUCGUCUCGCCGCCGGUGUCAGAGCAGAGAACAACGCCAAAAGACGGACGGUACAAGCGCAAUGCACUGUCCUGCAGUGUUGUGUAAGUGCCGUUCAUAAUCGAUUAUCCGGGCUGCUGCUUCCACCGUUAUCCGGCGGUCCCGAGCCGAUCCGGCGAAACCGCUCCAAAGGGCUGCAACCAGGUCAGGAGAUCGGCGCCGUUUGCGUGACAAAAAACAAGGGAUGGUGUGACCACUGUCAAGUUUAGCUGAAAGAGCCGAUAGAUAAAAGGUCCCAUUCGUCUUUCCCAACCGCUCUUCAAAUCACGUGCGGUGACCAUGAAUCCUCACACUGGGAGACGCCGCCUGAACCACUGGGUGGAGGACUUGUUCCCCGCCAGGUAUGCCUGCACUUCAGACGACCUUCUCGGCAGCGACGAGCCGUCACCUUCGUUGGCGGCGGGGGAACAGGCUCGCCAGAGUCGAGCCCGGCGCCUGAAGGACAUUUACGGCGCCGUGUUCAGAGAACAGGCGGAGGCGGCACGUGAAGCCCGGCUGAAGCACAUCGCCAGCAGCAUGGUUCGCGAGUACCCCGAGGAAUCCGCCGCGCGAGACGACCUCGCGGGGUCUCCUCGCGAGUCGGAGCGGCGCGCGGACGGCGCGGGCGACGUGGAUGUGGAGGAGCUGACGACGGAGCCGAGGUGCUUGUGGAGCAAGGAAGAUGUGGCCGUCUUCAGACGCAACGCCGAAGAGAAAGACGCGCAGCUUCGCAGGCUGAAGUCUGUAUUGACGGUGUCGGAAGCGGACAGGGGUGAGCUGAGGGCUCGCUGCGAGCGCCUGGAGAAGGAUCUGGGCGAGAGCGUGAGGACGGGGUUGGCCGCCCGGCAGGAGGCGGACAGGCGGGCGAUGCACUGCCGGCAGCUCGAGUGUGAAGUGCACAAGCUGCAGAAGUCACUUGGAGCCCUGCAGGAGGUUGUGAGUGCAGCGCAGAGCCAGGCGUCGCAGUGCCGCAGGGACCUUCACGUGGCGCGGCUGCAGCAGCAGCAGCUGAGGGCGCGGAAACAGGAAAUGAAAUCGGAGCUGCAAAAAGCGUCGCAGGAGUUUUUGCUGAAGGAGGCCGAGCUGCACGGGGAGAUGGAGCUGCGCUACAAGUCGGCGCUGGCGGAGCUGCAGGCCGAACUGGGGCGGACGCGCGAAGAGCUGCAGAGGGAGCGGCAGGCGCGCGGUCGAGAUCUGGCGUCCCUGGAGUUGCUUCGACGGCACUUUCUCAAUCUGCAGGCUCCCAGGGUCGAUGACUGCAUGAAGAUUACUCAUUGGUAGCAUUGUAAAUGAGCGGACGUUGACGUGAAGACGUGUCCUCGGUCGCAGAUCGUAAGCGGUUCUAGUUGAAGAGCGUCUUGACAAAA